AGCCAUGUCAUUUGCUUCCUUCGUUCAUUCAUUCAGUUGCGGGUGGCGCAGCAAAAACAGCUUCCUCACCGACUCCAAUCCAUUCAUUCUUUAGUUCAUUCAAGCAUUGGUCACAAAAUCAGUAUUCGCGAACCCUCAUCCCUCCUCCUCAGAAAUGGUCUUCUACUCUACCCUCUCAUCAAACGCUUCUCGCAUGAUCCGACGCGUUUCACUCCUGACCCGCCUCAGGUGCAUGAGCAAUCUCCCUCAAAACAGUGUCUACGGUGGACCCAAACCCCAGAACACAUCUCAGCGAGUGACCCUCACCCACCUCAGGCAGAUGUACCGCAGGGGCCAGCCCAUUGCCGUCGUCACCGCCUACGACUACCCCUCCGCGGUCCACGUCGACACUGCCGGCAUCCACAUCUGCCUCAUCGGAGACUCCGCCGCGAUGGUCGUCCACGGCCACGACACCACUCUCCCCAUUACCCUCGACGAGAUGCUCGUUCAUUGCCGCGCCGUCGCCCGCGGCACCAAUAACCCCCUCCUCGUCGGCGAUCUUCCGUUCGGCUCCUACGAGUCAAGUUCUCAGCAGGCAGUUGAUACUGCGGUUAGGUUUCUGAAGGAAGGAGGAAUGGAUGCAAUAAAAUUGGAAGGAGGUUCGCCUUCAAGAAUCACGGCAGCAAAAGCUAUUUUUGAUGCUGGUGUUGUAGUCAUGGGGCAUGUGGGACUUACUCCUCAGGCUAUUAGUGUUCUCGGUGGAUUUAGACCUCAGGGGAAAAAUGUUGCUAGUGCUGUCAAGGUUGUGGAGACUGCACUAGCAUUGCAGGAAGCUGGGUGUUUCUCUGUUGUACUGGAAUGUGUGCCUCCAGCUGUGGCUGCUGCUGUGACUUCUGCUAUUCAAAUCCCCACCAUUGGCAUCGGAGCUGGGCCUUUCUGCAGUGGACAGGUGCUGGUUUACCACGAUCUAGUGGGAAUGCUCCAACAUCCGCAUCACGCCAAGGUUACACCAAAGUUCUGCAAACAAUUUGGACAUGUCGGACUCGUCAUCAACAAAGCUCUUCUGGAGUUCAAGGAAGAAGUGAUGAAUGGUUCAUUCCCUGGCCCUGCAUACAGCCCAUACAAAAUCAGUGCUGCCGAUGUUGACAGUUUCUCGAAUGAGUUACAAAAGUUGGGUUUGGACAAAGCAGCAUCUGCAGCUGCUGCAGCGGCUGAGAAGAUUGAGACAGCCAAAUCGCCUGAUGAUGGAAAUCCGAAAACUAACUGAACAUGGAUAAGAUGGGUACGGCUUAUAUCUUUUGAUAUAUAUUAUAUAUAUAUAUAUAUAUAUUGGUUUGAUGCGUGUGAUGUUUUAUUAGUUAGUAGGUCCUUAUUUUGAUUUGUUUGGAUUUGAAGUGCUGUUUUGAUUGCAUGUUGGUGUUGUUUUUUUGGGAGGCCUUUAAGUUUUUUUCUAUAUGUUAUCUCCCAUUGCUUGUCUUGUAGCGACGGUAUUCCUCCGCCAAAAGUGAGGGUAUAUUAAUAAAUAAAUGAAGGAUAUACCCCUGCUGU